AUGACCUACUUCACAGAUCUGCAUACCUACCUGCACCAGUCCUCGCUCCUCAUCCAAGCGUACCCUUCAGCACGAAUCACGACAAAAUACGCUCUGCCUCGAAAACCCAAUACAAAAGCCAAGUCGAACCCUGAGGGAUCCAAAGGGAAAGAUGAUCCUGCUUCUGGGCAGUCCACAACAGCCUCAACAGCAACAGCUGCUGUCCCUGCCUCAUCACAACCCCAGAGCAAGCGGGAGCGUUCUGCCGUCCUCACUCUGAAAACAUACCACCCAGACAGCGGAAUAUGCUUAAAAUACCAAACCGACAAGGCGGCAGAGGUUGGGAGAUUGCUGAACGGAUUAGGAAGAUUGGCUAAGGGCGAGGUCAUCGAAAUGCCUGCUGCGGCUGUUUCUGCAGUGACAGGAGCUGGGACGGCGGGGGAUGGAGAUAAGAUGGAUAUCGACGCUGGAUCAAGUGCUGUGACGACCAAGGUUGAGGAGAAGGUCGUGACAGCCCCGCCGACUGUGACGCACGGCGCAGGAGCUGGGAAGGGGAAGAAGAAGAAAGGGAAGAAGUGA